UCGCCGUCAUGAAAACAUUCGGGCGCCGUCGUCGUCGCCAUCGUUGUUGUUCUUCCUCCGUCCUUGCUAGCUGUACGGAAUUCAACAAAUAUCGAACGCCUCCUCUGUGUGUGUACUCGGACACGACGACGACGGGGAGGUAUACGUGAUCGUCGUCGUAAUUAUUAUUUUAUUAUUAUUUAUUUAUCAUUUUGAAAAAAAAAGUGCGCAACUAAAUAAGUCCGGUCUGAUGAUAGCCAAAUUAAAUUUAAUGGAUAGAAGUGAAGUGAGCCAGCAAGUUGUGUGUCGGGACAUAAAGAUACGCCACGGGGAAAUCCUCCUGUCGUACAUUUAUACCAACACAAUCACUUGGUAAUACACUGGUAAGAGUGAGACAGUUGAGAGUAAUGAAGAAAGACUUAACACGUACAGCGGUGGUAAGAGUGAGACAGUAAAUAGAUAAUAAAAUAAAACAAGAAAGUAACAGAUAGAUAUUCUGAGAUAUAAGAGCAAGACAAAAAAUCUAAGAAAGAGUUAAAGAGAAAAAAAGAGCGAAAGAAAACGAGAAAGAGUGAGACAGAUCAUUUUAUUAAUUUCUUUAUUUUAUGAGACUAGAAGAUCGGACAAACGGGGUUUUAUCGUGGACAAUCGUGUGCGUGUAUAUUCUUCCGUGGUACAGAGACAUGGGACAUGGAGCUCACUUGAAAGCACUCUUACUCCAUGUUGUGCAUCGGUUGCAACACUACAUUGCGUACUCCAAACCAACCCUAUUGUCAUGGUCAUUGUGUUACGCGGGGUGAAUUAACUUAAAAUUAUGUAAAUAAGCUGCCAAGCCCCGUUGGUAAACGUCAAGUGACUGCCAAUUGUGGGUAGUCUGACAGACGACUCAAACAGUAUCGAGGUUUACUGUGUUUAUAUAUAUUUUAAAAAAUAAAGAAUCACUGAGAUAAAUAAAAGAGACUUUUACUAUCUGAAUUUUAAUAAAUAACUUAAUCGUAAAAAAAAAAAAUAAAUAAAUAAAUAAAAUGGAGCGUGAGUCAAACCCGAUGCAAGCGUUGUGUCGCAGCGGCUGUGGAUUCUACGGCUCGCCAGCCACUGAUGGCCUUUGCUCUCUGUGCUUCAAAGAGAACCUUAAGAAGAAACAACAACCCCCGGUAUCUUCGGCAACUGUUUCAGCCUCACAACCAGUAUCUAGCAAUGCUGGAACGCUCCAAAGUAGUUUCAGCAGUCCUGCUGCGGGUACCACCGCCCAGCCUACCAUUCCCACAAUUCCACAGUCUACGACAGAUUUAUCAAGUUCAAAAGAGGUAAAUAGGGACGAACAAGAAGCUGAAGGUGGAGUGAGUAGUGGAGCGGCUGAAGGUUCGGUCAGCAGUGGUGAUACGGAUGAUGGCUUUGAUGGAAAAGAGACUGACAAAGAAUUCAAAAAGAAGAAAAAUCGUUGUGUUGUAUGCCGCAAAAAAGUUGGUUUAACUGGAUUCGAAUGCCGUUGUGGUGGACUCUUUUGCUCUGUGCAUCGAUACAGUGACAAACACGAUUGCAAGUUCGAUUAUAGAGAAAUGGGUGCCCAAGAAAUUCGGCGUAACAACCCGGUUGUUGUUGGUGAAAAAGUGCAAAAAAUUUGAACUAUUUUAGUGUGUAGUCGUUGGGAAAAUGGUUAUAACUAUAUAAACAAAACAAAAUAUUAUAAUAAUUAAAUAAAAAAUAAAAAAAAUAAAAAAAAAUUAAGCAUGAAAAUAACGAGAUGAAUUAUCUGGCAGCUGAUUGCACAUUGAGGAAUGGGGUAUGGUUAACUAAAUAAUUGAAAAAAAAUCGUAAGAAAAAUACAUUGAUAAAUGUAUGAAUGAACAAGUGUGAUUGGUUGUAAGAAUGUCAUUUCAAACAAUGGUUAUAAUUAUUAAAAAGUAAUAAAAUAAUAAUAACAAUUAACUUAAUUAAUAAAUGAACAUUCUGUGAAUUUCGGAUGUGGGUAGACAAAGUUAUUAUUAAAUAAAAUAUAUAAAUAAAUAUAUAUGUAUGUAUGACUGUAAGAAUGGGUAAAUUAAAAUAUGAGUGUUAGUGCCAUGUCGGAUUGUCAUCUAGUGAGUUUUAAAAUGCGAAAUAACAUCUGGUUAGUUGCUGCCAGUUUACUACUAUUUUACCUAUUAUAUUAUUAUUAUUAUUAUUAUGGUUUAUUAUUAUAUAUAUAAUAAUUAUUAAUUUACUUAAUGCAAAAUCAAUUAAAAAUAGAUAAAUUUAAUACCAAUUAUAUUUAAGUAGACUAAAUUCCUGGUGCAGUCAGUCAGUCAGAAAUUAAUCUUGUUGAAGGCAGUCGAUUGGAUCCAGUCGAAGGAAGCCGAAUUAUUAAGCUCGAAAACAAAUGUUUUUUCUUGUAUCAACUAUUAUUAUUAUUAUUAUUAUUAUUAUUAUUAUUAUUAUUAUUAUUAUUAUUUUUGUUUCUAUAUAUUUAGUAAAAGGGAGUGUUGUUUAGGCAAUGACUGACGUUGAUGGGUGAUCACAAUUAUAGAUUAAUUGGUAGUCUAAUAACGAUUAAGUAUAUUAGCCGAUUAAUUCAUAAAUAAUGCAAUGAAGUAUAAGUAGUAACUGUGUGUUUAUGUCCAAUCUCACGAAGAAUAUAUCGAGCAUUAUUACUCAUUAAACAAAAAAGAUAAAAAAAAAACACUGUUUGAAAUUACGUUGCGAAUGCUUAUUUACGCGAAUUACAUACGGAGUUUUUUUUGUAAUUGAAUAAUUAAAGAUUAAAAAGUUAAUUAAUUUAAUUAAUUAAAAUAAAUAAAUUAUAAAAGAUUAAAAGAAGUAAUCUAAAAAUAACAAACAAAACCCUUGGCUUGCCAAAUGCAAUACGUUCGGCGUAUUGUCAUUGCUUUAAACUGCAAUAAAUCAUUUUAAUCAAGGAUUUUUGUUUACACGAUUGUUAGAGUGUUAAUUAUUAUUAUUAAAUAUUAUUAACUAUUAUUAUUAAUAUUAUUCAAUACUUUUUGAUUUUUUCUUCCUUGGCUUUUGAUGUUUUUUUUUUUAAGUAUACUUGACGAAAGGUUUUGAUUUAAUUGUAGCGACUCACGCUAAAAUUUCGUGUGUUCCGCCCACGAUCAAUGUAAAAUCCAAAUCCUUAAAUUAUUAAUUAUUAAAUUUUUUUCUUGAGCUUACUAAAAAAAAGUCAUGCUGAGAAUAUAAGAAGAAAUUAAAGUAAUGAGUAGUUAAAGCAGUUUUAUUUCAUCAUAUUGAUGAACAUAAUUAUUGUAAUCGUAAAAAAAAAAUCUAUAAUAAUAAAUUGAGAGAAUUUUUUAAACUUA